CUCCUCCUCCUCCUCCUCUCCCUCUCACCUUCUCCUUUGCUUUUACUGCUUCUCCUUCUUGCCGUACCUCCCUCCAUCUCUCCAUCUCUCCCUCUUUCCACCUUCCUCUCAUUCCCACCUUGGACCCAGCCUCGGCCUCUCCCCUUCGCCACCCUUCUCGGUCUCCCCGCGGUAGCGGCGGCAGCCCUCCCUGGGUCUGCGCCUUGCUUUGUGCCCCUCUGCCUCAGUGUCCUCGUCUCACUCUCUCCCCCACGCCCCUCCCGGCUCAGCGCCUGGCGGCCUGGCCCUGGGGGAAGGAAGGAAGGAUGGUUCCCGAGGUAAGGGUCCUCUCCUCCUUGCUGGGACUCGCGCUGCUCUGGUUCCCCUUGGACUCCCACGCUCGAGCCCGUCCAGACCUGUUCUGCUUCUUCCACGGGAAGAGAUAUGCCCCCGGUGAGAGCUGGCACCCCUACUUGGAGCCACAGGGCCUGAUGUAUUGCCUGCGCUGUACUUGCUCUGAAAGUGCCCAUGUGAGUUGUUACCGCCUCCACUGCCCGCCUGUCCACUGCCCGCAACCUGUGACUGAGCCACAGCAGUGCUGUCCGCGGUGUGUGGAACCUCACACCCCCUCUGGGCUCCGGGCCCCCCCAAAGUACUGCCAGCACAAUGGGACCAUGUACCAACACGGAGAGAUCUUCAGUGCCCAUGAGCUGCUCCCUUCCCGCCUGCCCAACCAGUGUGUCCUCUGCAGCUGUACUGAGGGCCAGAUCUACUGCGGUCUCAUGACCUGCCCAGAACCAGGCUGCCCCGCACCUCUCCCGCUGCCUGCAUCCUGCUGCCAGACCUGCAAAGAUGGGUCAAGUGAGAAGUCAGCAGAAGAGGACACCACACAGUCACACCGUGGGGUGAGACACUCCCAGGAUCCGUGCUCAGGGGACAGUGGGAGAAAGAGAGGCCUGGGCACCCCAGCCCCCACUGGCCUCAGCUCUCCUCUGGGCUUCAUCCCUCGCCACUUCCGACCACAGGGGGCAGGCAGCACGACAGUCAAGAUUGUCCUGAAGGAGAAACAUAAGAAAGCCUGCGUGCACAGUGGGAAGACAUACUCCCAUGGGGAGGUGUGGCACCCAGCUUUCCGCUCCUUUGGACCCCUGCCUUGCAUCUUGUGCACCUGCCAGGACGGCCGCCAGGAUUGCCAGCGGGUGACCUGCCCCACUGAGUAUCCCUGCCAUCACCCUGAGAAAGUAGCCGGGAAGUGCUGCAAGAUUUGCCCAGAGGACAAGGCAGAUCCUGGUCACAGUGAGAUCAGUGCCACCAGGUGUCCGAAGGUGCCAGGCCGGGUCCUCGUCCACACAUCAGUAGCUCCAAGCCCAGACAACCUACAUCGCUUUGCCCUCGAGCAUGAGGCCUCUGAGCAGGUGGAGAUCUACCUCUGGAAACUGAUAAAAGAUGAGGAAACUGAGGCUCAGAGAGGUGAAGUACCUGGCCCAAGGCCACACAGCCAGAAUCUUCCACUUGAUUCAGAUCAAGAAAGUCAGGAAGCAAGACUUCCAGAAAGAAGGCACAGAACUUCCGGCUACUCACCAGCACCCAUGAAGGUUACUGGAAUGUUUUCCUAGCCCAGACCCCGGAGCUGAAGGUCACAGCCAGUCCAGACAAAGCAACCAAGACCUUGUAAUGAAGACCUAAGCAGUUGCAGAUACGAGCUUUACCAUUUUUGUUGUUAUAUAUUAAUAAAUGAUAAGUUGCAUUACUCCUCA